UUUUUUGAAUCACGGAUGAAAGUCACCAGAUUUUUAUAGCCAUGCAUGUGGACACCGAGCUUCGUAGGAGUAGCAGGCAUGCCCUUAGUACGCACUGGUAACUUGUUCUACCCGGCGUAGAAGCAAGCUGAACCUGAAAGACGCAGACCUCACAUAACCUUUACAUCUAGCUCUUGCGUCCACUGAGCAAAAAAUGCUUAUUUCUACAUGCUGCUAGCCUAAAAAAAACUUCUACCCCCACCAGUAUCUUCACAGAAGAGCCAUCAUGUUUCUCCCCGCGCCCCGCGCAAUCGUGGAUUUGACCACGGCCAACCAGAAGCUGUUUUUUCGUGGCCGACUGCGAGAAUGUCUGAAGGACAUCCCGUUGUUUUCCAAACUGUCCGUUGCGCAGCGGGAGAAUUUAGGGCAGGCCAUGAUGUUGGAGCAACUUGUUCCCGGGGCGGUGGUGUGCAACGAGGGGGAGGAGGGGGACAUGAUGUACGUUUUACUGCAAGGACUUCUGGAAGUCCAGACCUGCGACCACAGCUUUUUGAAGAAGGGCCACACCUGUCAGCUCGCAGUCGAUUGCACGAUCAAGGGAGAAAAGUAUCCGCGAGGGACCCGGGGGGUCAUUGACAAAGUCGAUUUGUCCAGGGGGUUCCCCUACACCUUUCGCGUGUCGGACACCCGGACGAAGGGGGAAAAGAAGGAGAAGAAGAGAAAAACUAAAGCUACGCCAAAAAGCCAGGAGGAAAAAUCUGCCAGCAGUGGCAGUGACAAAGAGCUACCCAGUGGCGAUGAGGCGGGCGAAGGAGGUGGAGAAAUGAAUAUUAAAGGGGAAAAGAAGAACAAGAAAAAACGGAAAAACAGGUCAAUGGGUUCUGCAGAACAAACACAGAGCGAGGACAGCGAGCCACGAAGUGGCGCAGAGGGACAAGAUGAAGAAGCAACAGAUAGUCUUAAACAGGGUUUAGCCGUUGUGAAGAAAAAGGCGAAGUCGAAGGACAACGCGGCAGAGCAGGAAACUAAGGACACCGCCAUCCGUGGGAGAUUAGCUGGUUACGAGCUGGAGCCGUUGGAAGACAGUGAGCUUUUCAAGCCGAAGACCAUCGCGUUUCUCCGUCCGGGGGAUUAUUUCGGGGAGCAGUCGUUAUUGCGGAAUUGUGCGCGCGAUGCUUCGGUGAUCGUCCCACCAAAUUUGGUGGAGCUGAUGGAGCAGCAGAGGUUGCGGACCUCUUCGCGCCUCGGUAGUUCUUUCCUGCUGCACAAGCACGACUCCAGUGCAACUUUAGGUGGUAAUAUGUUGUUGAAAAAGAUGGCUUCCUCUGGCACGGUGAUAAAUCAGAAAACACCUACUUCACCCGAAAGCGCAGCGGAGCAGCAGAUGACAGGUGGGGCGCAACAAGAAGUAGAACUAGUGGCAGUGACGCCCAUAACUACACCUGCCGCAGGCGACACACCAGCUCCAUCUCCUCCUCCGGAAACAACUGAUUCACCUAACGGCGCGCCAGCCUCUGCACCAGCAGCCGCAGCCGAUAAGACUGGCACCACGACGACGAACCUUGUUACUAGCGUUUUUUCAGACAAGUCCAAUACCUCUCUUCACAGCGCCGUCUCUACUACUUCCCGAGAUCAAAAGAUCGAUCCCAACGCCUGUAUCGUCGCGUGUCUGGAGAAGAAGGAGUUCGAAAGGCUAAACUUGCGACGCGACAUUGUGUUUCCCACGCGCCCGGCGGUGCGGGUCGUUGAAGAGGACGUGGAAAAGCGGCUGAAGGGGAAAGACUUGCGGAAGACGGAGCACGAAAGACAAUUCCUACUGCAAGCGCUACGUGAUGACGUUCUACUUCGGGAGAUAUGCGACUUGGACGAGAAAGAUCUGGUCCACAUGGUGGAGAUGGCGUACAAGCGGACGGUAACCUCGAACGAAAUCAUCACGCACGAGGGGGAUCUAUUCGCGCACGAGUGUUACAUAGUCCAGUCCGGGGAAUACCAGUGCAUCGAUCACGUCACGGUGAUGGGAAGCAGUGACGGAGCUGCAAGUUCUGCGAACACAACAACUACGGCCACAGGAUCAGCAGAGACGAGAACGAACAAUUACGUCUUCGGUGAAGCGGGCCUGCAAGCCGCGGGAAUACAGACGGCAGGAGCGAACUUCACAGGUGGGACGACAGGAGCUGCAGGCGCGGGUCUAAAUACUGCAGGUGGUGGUAUAUUGAAGAGAAUGCAAACGAAUUCCGCACUCUCAACACAGCCGCCAGGGACAGCAGCAGGAACAGCAGCCAACAGCCCCACCGUGACGAUAGCGGCCCCGACGCCCUCGAGGAACAAAAAGGUGUCGAAGGUAGCUCUACUCGCGAACAAAUUCGGCGGCGCCAAGCCGAUAAACUUGCUCCCAACGCCAAGUCCGGGUAUGAGCCCCAAAGGACUGUUAUCUUCGGAGCAGCAGGACGGAGGCGGAACUCUUGCUAACGACGACACGUCCACAGGAGCGGUUAGCACAGCAAAAAACUAUACAGCGACGAAAAAUAAACAAGGACAAGCUUCUUCAAACUGGCUAAGUCUGAGCAAUAUUUUGGGGUUCGGAGAUAAAUCAAGCACAACCAGGGAACAACGAGGAGGUACACAAGGAAGGGAUUUGGCAUCCUGGAUUACAGAGUCGGAACAACAAGAUGGGACAACUACAUCACCUCCAGGCCAAGAACUGAGGAACUCGAACAGCCCCUAUAUGAACAACGGCGCCAAGGGGCAGGCCUUCAGUAAGAACAAGCUGCAUCACAUGCAGUCCUUUGCGGAUUUCACUACUCCACCGAAAAUGAACUGGAACAACGUGAACAACUUGUUUGGAACCCUGUCAAACCGCGAGAUGAAAUCGCACGAGCGAGCGCAUGCCCGGUACAACGAGAGGCUGCUGAAGCAAAUGUUUACCCCCUCCGGCGGGUUGAAGCCGGGCGAUUUGUUCGGCCACGUCGCCGUGCUGGAGCACCGGACCACGAUCGCGACGGUGCGGUGCGUGAGCGAGGUCGGAACCCUGUGGGUGUUGGACCGGGUUGCGUUCCGUGCGGUCGUGCGCCGGAACCUGCAGGCGCGGCUGCAAAAGUACGUGACCGUGAUCCGGAACAUACCUGAAUUUAACGCUCUACUCGUCGAAGAGGUGGAGGCCUUAGCGGAAUGUUUCUACUUGAAGUACUUCGCGAAACGGGAGCGGAUUCAGACCAAGCAGGACUCCAGUCAGCAAACCUUUUUCAUUCUCCUGUCCGGCGAGGUGGAGAUCGACGGGAAGCGUCUGAAAGCGCGGUCGGCCUACAGCAAGAUGAGCGCGGCGCCAACGCAGUUGCAACAAAUGACCAUGAUCAACAGUGGGGGAAAUGCUGGGGCGGGAGGACAAACAGGGGGGAUGAUGCUGCCGGCGUAUAGUAAUUUUCCCACUGCUGGUCCUGGUGCAGGUUCCUCCGAUGCCCAGAACAACUACACUUUUGCACCCCCACACCAGAGUGCAGCGCGCGCGGCGGGAGCAUUGAGCACCAUGAAGACAGGCAGUCAGGAAAAGAUUGAAAUGACUCUCGGGCCAAACAGAAACGACGGGGGCCUCUUUUCGGACGGUAAUAUAAUAGCUUAUAGCGGCCUUGAGCCGCCGUCGGUGGAUGAGGCUGACGACAGUAAACUCGUGCACCAAGCUCAACUAAACAGUAAGCGGCAGCUGGUAACAUUUGGCCCCGGAAAUAAUAACAAACCAAGCCUCCAACACUCGGAACAUGAUAUUAACACUUCUCCUAUAUUAAUCGGGGACAAUCACGACGACCCUAAUGAGAUAGGCGCAGCAAGGUCGUCGAGCCAAAGCACACAACCACAGUCGGGAACUUUUCUCACAACGGCUUCCAGUAGCACGUCGGGUUCCUCUGCCCUACCCAGCAGUAUCGACUGGACGACGAAAGUGUCCAACCCAUCCGACGGCCGGGCCGGGGGCGGAAGCUUUGCCGCGCAGCUGCCUCCCGGUUCGAAACUUUCUUCCGCGGGGCAUCUCGCCUCGGGGGUGUCAUACGAUUUGGAGCCGCAGCCACCCAAUACGAUCAUGUCCAACACUUCGAGUUUGUAUCUCGGGACCCUCGGGGAGCAUCCGCAUGGGCUCCAGCACCUGACGAACACCUUACCACCUGGAGCUCCUGUAGUCGGGGGUCCUCAACACCAAACCGGGCUUGCUCAGGGCAUCAAUCCCGCUGGGACCACCCUCGCGACGACCACCGGGGCGGCGCACCAGCAUCUUCAAAUGCGGAAGCUGGAUUUAUCGUCCCCCAAUAUCCCUGGCGGGUUCGCGAAGGCCGCUGUUCUAGAGGAUGAGAUGAUCGGAACGCCGCGGGAGAUCUACUUUGGCCACGAGACGCUCGGCUUCGUGGUCACCAGCUUCGGCGCGCGGGUGGAGCACACGGGGGCCAAGCACACCGUGGAGGCGAUUUCGGACGACGUGUUUUGUGCGUGUUUGUCCGGACAGGACUUCAACCGGUUACUCCGCCCUCUCGCGGAGCAACUCACCACCGCGGCCAGCUGGGCGAAGCGGCAAUCGGCGAUGGAGAUCGUGAAGCGGAACUCCGAAACCCACGCGCUGGAGCAGGAGAUGGCGAAUCUGAAGUUUUCCCACUUGGCAAAGCAAGCCAUUCUCGGCUACGGGGGCUUCGGGGUGGUCAGUCUGGAGAAAAACCUCCUCACCGGGAAAGCGUACGCGCUGAAGUCGAUCCGGAAGGGGUGGGUGGUGAGCCACAAGCUGGAAAAAGCGGUCUUCACCGAGAAGAAGCUGAUGCUGCUGUGCCGGAACUGCGACUUCGUGGUCCGCUUGUUGGCGACCUUCAACCUGCGGAACGCCCUGUGCAUUUUGAUGGAGCCGAUGCUGGGCGGAGAACUGUAUCACCAGUACCACACCAAAAUGUUCCACGGCGAUAGCAAGAAGGCGCGGUUUUAUUGCGCGGCCACCAUUGAGGCGUUGCACUACAUGCACGGCCGGAGCAUCCUCUUCCGGGAUCUGAAGCCCGAGAACCUCUUGCUGGACGUCGACGGACGGUGCAAGCUGACCGAUUUCGGGCUGGCGAAGCAAACCAUGACGAAGACCUACACCACUUGCGGCACGCCGGACUACUACGCGCCGGAGAUCAUCGCGCACACGGGCCACCACUUCGGCGUGGAUUGGUGGACGCUGGGGGUGAUGCUGCACGAGUUCAUGUCCGGGCACGCGCCGUUCGAAGCCAGCACCGCGCAGAAAACGUACGCGCUGAUUCGACGCGGGGUCACCUUCGUUCGGUUUCCGUAUCGCGGGAGCGAUCCUUUAGCCGUCGACCUCGUGAUCCAACUACUGCAAGCGAAUCCAGAAGACCGGUUACCGAUGAAGCCGGAUGGGGCGACUCUGUUGAAAGAGCAUCCCUGGUAUUUCAAGGCAGAUUUUGUCUGGCGAGAUUUCGAAUCGAAAAAGAUGCCCGCGCCUUUCAAACCGGAUCUGCGCGGGAUGUUCGAUACGCGACAGUUCAAGGCUCUCAGCGAGAAAGAUGUGCCCGAUGUCUUUGAUUCGCAUUAUGAGGAUCCGAAGAACGGCUGGGAUAUAGGCUUCUGAUGACACGAAGAAGAAGAUCAUGUUGAUCUGGCCUAAUUUCUUUUGCCUGCAGCUUCGAUCGAUAGUCCUCACGGGGGUAGCUUUGGUGGUGUUUAUUUCCGACCCCAGCGCUUUCAACAGGAGCAGAAACGAAAUUUUUCAACAUCGCACUCUCGUGGUUCUGGUUUCGUAUUUGAGACAACGCAUAACAUCAGUGCGCGGGGGCUUUUCCCGAAUCUUCUGAGGAUGUUUUUCAUCGUCAUUGCUGAUUUGUUACCGAUGGAUGUGCUAUACUAGCUGUGUUCCUCACAAGCGAGAGAGUCUGAAACAGUAGAAAAAACCACUCUUCCACCUUUAGGCUCAGACCUUUACGCUCAGACCGGCUUUCUACUGAAAUAUUUGAACAAUGAAUGUAAGUAUGUAAGACUUUCUUCUGACUGUUUUGGUUAUUUUUCGCUCGUUUUGCUUUCCUCGGUUCUCCCACUUCUCUGUGCUUGCGUUAUUUUGGAUCCGAUUUUCUUGCUUGUCGUUGUUCUUCGUUUUGAUGUGGUUCAUAAGCAGCUCACACAGUAGAAGGAGAACAAUUCUACUAGUUCGUAGUUUUGAUUUGCUAUUGCUUCCACGACGACCUUUCAUCAAAAAA